AUGGUUACAGCGGUAUGGAACACCAGUGUGUCAUUCAAUACAAUCGACCUUUUCAUUCAGUGCAUACCAGUCUGUGAUUGUUCCUGCGAGUCACUUGUCGCACUCAGCAGGAAUUGGCAUCGUUCUUUCGCAGAGUUUUCCAGUGGGGGAGCACGUGGGAAACGUUUUCUCAUAAUUUUUUCCUUUAUUUGUUUUUCUUUCUUCAUGUUUACCAUAUUAUUAAACAAUAUUUUUGCCGUUUCUCUUAGCCACUUUUUUUCUUCUUCCUCCUUUGUCAUUCUUCCCUUUCUUAUCCAUUCUUCUUCUUCAUCUUUUUCUUUUUCACUUUUUCUCUUCAUCUUUUCUUCUUUUUUACUUCUUCUUCUUCUUCAUUUUUUAUUAUGUAACAAUGUCUACAUUUUCUCAUUUAGAUUGUUCCCUUUCUCAUCUAUGCUUUUUCUUCAUUUUUUCUUCAUCCUCUUUUUUCUUCAUCUUUUUCUUCAUUUUUACUUCUUCUUCUUCUUCUUCAUUUUUUAUUAUAUUCUUCCCUUUCUCAUCAAUUCUUUUUCUUCAUUUUUUCUUCUUCCUCUUUUUCUUCAUCUUUUUCUUCUUCUUCUUCUUCUUCAUUUUUUAUUAUGUAACAAUGUCUACAUUUUCUCAUUUAGAUUCUUCCCUUUCUCAUCAAUUCUUUUUCUUCAUUUUUUCUUCUUCCUCUUUUUCUUCAUAUUUUCUUCUUCUUCUUCUUUUUUUUAUUAUGUAACAAUGUCUACAUUUUCUCAUUUAGAUUCUUCCUUUCUCAUCAAUUCUUUUUUCUUCAUUUUUCUUCUUCCUCUUUUUUUUCAUCUUUUUUUCUUCUUCUUCUUCUUCUUCAUUUUUUAUUAUGUAACAAUGUCUACAUUUUCUCAUUUAGAUUCUUCCCUUUCUCAUCAAUUCUUUUUCUUCAUUUUUUCUUCUUCCUCUUUUUCUUCAUCUUUUUUUCUUCUUCUUCUUCUUCUUCAUUUUUUAUUAUGUAACAAUAUCUACAUUUUCUCAUUUAGAUUCUUCCCUUUCUCAUCAAUUCUUUUUCUUUUCAUUUUUUUCUUCCUCUUUUUCUUCAUCUUUUUCUUCUUCUUCUUCUUCUUCAUUUUUUAUUAUGUAACAAUGUCUACAUUUUCUCAUUUAGAUUCUUCCCUUUCUCAUCAAUUCUUUUUCUUCAUCUUUUUUCUUCAUCUUUUUCUUAAUUUUUACUUCUUCUUCUUCUUUUUCAUUUUUUAUUGUUAUGUAACAAUAUCUACAUUUUCCCAUUUAGAUUCUUCCCUUUCCUAUCCAUUCUUCCUUUUCCUCUUUUCCUUCUUCUUUGUCUUCUUCCUGCUAUUCUUUAUCUUCAUUUUCUUCUUGCACAUUUACUUUUAUUCCACUUUCUUUGUUAUCUUCUACCUCUGUAGUUCUUUUGUUUUUAUUUGUUUCUUUAUUCAGACGUUUUCUUUUUGGUUGUUGCUUUUCUCCUUAGUUUUCGGAUUUCAUUUAUUUUCACUCUCCCUUCUUCUUCAUCUUCCUCUUCUUCUUUUCUCCCUUCUUCUUCUUCUUCUUCUUUUUUUUUCUCUCUUCUUCUUUUCUUUCUCCCUUCUUCUUCUUUUCUCCCUUCUUCUUCCUCUUUUUUCUUCCUUCUUUAUCCUUCCUUUCUUUCUCCCUUUUUCUUCUUUCUUUCUCCCUUCUUCUUCUUCUUCUUCUUCUUCUUCUUCUUUUUUCUUUCUCCUUUAUCCUUCAUUUCUUUCUCACUUCUUCUUCUUCUUCUUCUUUGUUCUUUCUCAUUUCUCCUUCUUUUCUUUCUCUCUUUUUCUUUUUCUUUCUUGUUCUUCUUUCUUACUCCCUUCUUCUUCUUCUUCUUCUUCUUCUUUUUCUUACUCCUUCUUCUUCUUCUUCUUCUUCUUCUUUUUUCUUUCUCCCUUCUUCUUCUUCUUCUUCUUCUUCUUUUCUCCCUUCUUCUUCCUCUUUUUUCUUUCUCCCUUAUCCUUCUUUUCUUUCUCCCACUUUCUUCUUUUUCUUUUUUCUUUCUCCAUUCUUCUUCUUCCUCUUCUUUGUUCUUUCUCCUUUCUCCUUCUUUUCUUUCUCCCUUUUUCUUCUUUCUUACUCCCUUCUUCUUCUUCUUCUUUUUUCUCCCUUCUUCUUACUCUUUUUUCUUUCUCCCUUAUCCUUCUUUUCUUUCUCCCUCUUUCUUCUUUUUCUUUUUUCUUUCUCCCUUCUUCUUUUUUUCUUUCUCCCUUCUUCUUCUUCUUCUUCUUCUUCUUCUUCUUAUUAUUAUUAUUAUUAUUAUUAUUAUUUUCUUUCUCCUUACUUCUUCUUCUUUAUUCUUUCUCCCUUCUUCUUUUUUCUCUCUUCAUUUUCUUCUCUUUCAUCCUCUUGACUUCAACAAUAUUUUAUCUCUUCUUUUUUUUUGGGAGAGAUCAAAAAUGGCCGACUACAUUUCCUUGGCAUGUAACCUUUGUUGUCUUUGGCAAACAAAGACAAAAGAUUCCUUUUUGUUCUUUCUUCCCCUCUCUCUCUCUCUCUCUCUCUCUCUCUCUCUCUCCCUGUCUUUCUCUAUCUUUACACACAAACAGUUCACUGUGA